CGGAUGCCAAAUGCACACACACACAUUAUUUUGACAAGCGGUUCGCAUUAAGUUGGUUUUUAUGUUGUAGCUUCAGGAACGCCUGUAAAAUUUAACUCUCAAUGAGUCAUUUAACGAUCGACAAAAUGGAUAGAAUAAAUUUUCUGAUCACCGAAGUGUCGUUAGAGUGUUUGGGAAAUAAGUUUUAUGAUAUUUAUGGUAGACAAAAUAAAUCAUUGUUGGGUUUGAUUUCAGUGACCAGUGGAAAACGAGACCCAACAAGUGUAGAUAGUGAUAGUGAAUCCGAUUUGUGGAAAGCGUUAACGACUGAAAAGAAGCCAAUUAUCCAAAAGCGAAAUCGUACUGUUGAAAGUCAUGUGGCUGUUGAGGAACCGAAGCGAAAACGACGUGCUUCCACCAAUACAAAUAAUAAACCAGACACAAGCAAUGAUCCAGAAGAACUGUUAGUACCGAUGGCAACUGUUCCAAAAGCCGCUAAAAUUACACAGCGUCGCUCAACCAUUUCUGUACAAAGCCAAAAAUUACCAGUAAUCGCUCCAGCAACCCGAGCACGCAAACACGACCAAUUACUAACAAAUCCAAGACAACUCACCCCGAAACCAUAUUCCAAGAAAAUUGCCGAAAUCAAACAGAAUUUAAAGAGAGACAUCAACAUACGCAACAAUGCGAUGCGACUGCUGUCCGAAUCACAAGAAGAAAAAUAUCGAACGCUGAAUAUCAACGCAAACAUGGACGAUUUCUAUAAAGCUGAAGAGAAGAGCCUCUUUUCACAGUGCAACACGCUGAUUCAGUUCAUCAAGUUUAUUCAGGAAAACGGAGACAAUCCGACCAAAGUCAGCCAUAUCUCACAAGCAAUUUUAGAGCUGCAAAAGGAGUACUGAACGGCGUUCCGUGUUCAGUGAACGCUCUGUGAUUUUUUUUUCCUUUUUCUAACUCAUUAGGCAAACAAAAGAUGCUAAGAUCGGUUUAGUACGAAGAAGAAUAUUUUAUGGUUACAAAUGUCAAAUAAACGAAUACAAACAAGCAUUACAAUACAAAAUUGCAUA